AUGUUGGCGCUCCGGUGGGCGGCGGCAGGUCUCCGCGGACGCGCGCGGGCAGAAGGUCCGCGCCGGCUCUUGGUCCGCCCGUCCUCCGCGCCGACUCCCUUCCGCCCCUGGUCCGGACCCGGAGGCGAGCGAGGAUCCGGCCGGUUGAAGCUGCGGACGCGGGUGGCGGUGACGGCGCUGUUGGGCGGCGGCCUCCUGGCGGCCUGGGCCCGGAUGGACUGGAAGAAGCGUCAGAAAGAGCUGCGUCUGCGCCAAGAGCAGCUGCAGCGGGUGGCGCUGGGUCAGGGCAACUUCAGCCUGCUGGACCACCGCGGGCGGCGACGCACCAAGCGAGACUUCCUGGGCAGCUGGGUGCUGCUCUACUUCGGCUUCACGCGCUGUCCCGACAUCUGCCCCGACGAGCUGGACAAGAUGAGCGAGGUGGUGGCCGCCCUGGACCUGGACCCCUCGCUGCCGCCCGUGCAGCCGCUCUUCAUCACCGUCGACCCCGAGCGGGACCACGCGGAUGCGCUGGCGCGCUACGUCAGAGACUUUCACCCUCGCCUGCUGGGACUGACGGGCACGGUCGAGGAGGUGAAGGAGGCGGGGAGGGACUACCGCGUCUACGCCAGCCGCGGCCCCCCGGACCCGGACGGCGACUACCUGGUAGACCACACCAUCCUCAUCUACCUGAUCGACCCCCAAGGACUCUUCGUGGACUAUUACAACCGUCUUAAGGACAAGGAGCACAUCGCCGACAGCGUACGACGUCACAUCGUACAAGACCGACAAAUGCGAGGCUCGUGA